AUUUUAUGAAGAUAUAUCAACAUUUUCUUUCACAGAUAAUGUUUCUGAUGUUUCAGCUAAGAAAUCUUUGCCUAACUUAAGAUCAGGAAGAUUUUCUCUUGUGUUUUCUUCUAGAAGUUUUAUAGUUUUGAGUUGUAAUAGGUCUGUGAUCCAUUUUGAGGUUUUUUUAGGGGGAAGGUAUAAAAUGUGAGGUAUGGAUUGAAGUUCAUUUUUUUCUGCAUAUAGAUAUUCGCUUGUUCUGGCAUCAUUUGUCGAGGCAGUGAAAGUAGAGCAGAUCCACUGGGAGAGUGUGUCUGGCUGGCUGGUUGCGCGGUGGGAGGGGUGAAAGAAUCACUGGAGGGCAGGGCUGAAGAGCCCUCAUUCCCAUCUGGGCGCCUGGCCUUGGAUUUCCGACCUGCCCGUGGGCAGCGGACCAUCAGGCCCUGGGAAAGAGGAAAGCCUUCCGUGGACCAUUCCGGCCUCCUGUGGUUACUGUUUAACACCUUGGGUGAAAAUAAGCUUUUCUUAUAACCAGUGAGGGUUUGAAUGUUGCUCCAAGCAGGUUGUCCCAACGCUACCUAUCUUGAUAGGUAUGUGGUGGGUGAGAGCCCCUGAUGGCCUCUUGGACUCCUUGCUGUUGAGAGGACCUGGGGUCCACUGCCAAGGAGCCAGGAACUGAGGGAGGAAUGGCCGAGGGGCUGCGGAGGAGGGGGCCGAGACCAACCGGAGAAGCAGUGGCUCAGCUGCCGGCGGGGACAGCCGGUGUGGGGGACCUCCCAACAGGCUGCCAUCCUUUGUCCAUGUGUCUGGCGGUGGUGGGGGGGUGCCUUUCAUGGCUCCAAUCAUACCCUCUGGCUCCCCACUAUCAUGGGGGCAUUUGUCUGCAGGUGGCUCCUUGGAAACCAGUGGGUUUAAAAUUUGUAUUGGUAUAGUACCUUUAUUAAAAUGAAAUUUUAGGCUGAAGGCCACUGUAUAAAAUGGAUAAACACAACGAAGGUGCUCUGUAAAGGAAGGUGAAACUCCUCUGCCCACGUGAUCCCUCGUGGGCUAGGAGCAGGGCUGCUAACCUCCCAUCCACCCCACACCCAGCUUAGGGCCCAGCCCAGAGGAAGGUUUAGUGAAACGGUUGUUUAACGUAACACCUCCUGUGGGCACCAUCAGGGCUGUGCGAAAAGCCCAAAGGAAGUGUGUGGAGGUGGACGGCUGGAUGGACAGAUUCAGGAAUGAUGUUCAGAACAUUUAACCAUGCAGUGGUCCAGGCUCUGAUCAACCAUUAGUUGCUGCAACAGAAGAUGGAAUGGGGGUUUCUGGCCGAGGGGCUGGGGCAGCUGAGGCAUUGAGGAAGGCACUCAUGGGGCUUGGGACAGCAGCAGUCUACCACCCAGAAUGGAAGUAUUUAAAGAUUUUAACAACUGAUCUGGCCACAUGUCAUCCAUGGAUAGAUGGAUGAGUAGAAAGAUAGAAGGAUGGUUGGAUGGAUGGAUGGAAGACAAAAGAGUGGAUGUUGGAAGAAUGGAGGAUGAGUAGAAAGAUAGGCAGAUGGAUUCUGAAGGAAAGAUAAAAGAAGACCGGAUGGAGGAUGGUUGGAUGGAUGGAUGGAUGGAUGAAUGGAAGAUAGGUGGAUGGAUGGAAAGGCAGAAGGAUGAAUGGACAAGUGGAAAGACUGAGGGAAGAAAGGGAGGAUGAAUGGAAGGACAUUGGCUGAGCCGUUGGGUGGGUUACAAAGCCCAGCGCUGAUGACCUGGUUUUGGCUGGACACCUGCAGGUAGUUUCCUGGUGCCCUACAUCGUCAUGCUCAUCGUGGAGGGCAUGCCGCUCCUGUACCUGGAACUGGCAGUGGGGCAGCGCAUGCGGCAGGGCAGCAUCGGCGCCUGGAGGACAAUCAGCCCCUACCUCAGUGGCGUUGGCGUGGCCAGCGUGGUGGUGUCCUUCUUCCUCUCCAUGUACUACAACGUCAUCAACGCCUGGGCCUUCUGGUACCUCUUCCACUCCUUCCAGGAUCCCCUGCCAUGGUCUGUCUGCCCAGUGAAUGGCAACCGCACGGGCUAUGAUGAGGAAUGUGAGAAGGCGACCUCGACACAGUACUUCUGGUACCGGAAAACCCUCAACAUCUCGCCGUCCAUCCAGGAAAACGGGGCGGUGCAGUGGGAGCCGGCGCUGUGCCUCAUCCUGGCCUGGCUCCUGGUGUACCUGUGCAUCCUGCGGGGCACCGAGUCCACUGGCAAGGUGGUGUACUUCACUGCGUCGCUGCCCUACUGCGUGCUCCUCAUCUACCUGAUCAGGGGCCUCACGCUCCACGGAGCCACCAAUGGGCUGGCGUACAUGUUCACUCCCAAGAUGGAGCAGCUGGCCAACCCCAAGGCCUGGAUCAACGCCGCCACCCAGAUCUUUUUCUCACUCGGCCUGGGCUUCGGCAGCCUCAUCGCCUUCGCCAGCUACAACGAGCCCUCCAACGACUGCCAGAAGCACGCCAUCAUCGUGUCCCUCCUCAACAGCUCCACCUCCAUCUUUGCCAGCGUCGUCACCUUCUCCAUCUAUGGCUUCAAGGCCACCUUCAACUACGAAAGCUGUUUGAACAAGGUGAUUCUGCUGCUGACCAACUCUUUCGACCUUGAAGAUGGCUUUUUGACAGCCAGCAACCUGGAACAGGUGAAGGGCUACCUAGCAUCUGCCUAUCCGAGCAAAUACAACGAGGUGUUCCCACAAAUUAAAAACUGCAGCUUGGAAUCGGAGCUCGACACGGCUGUCCAGGGCACCGGGCUGGCUUUCAUCGUCUACACCGAGGCCAUCAAAAACAUGGAGGUGUCCCAGCUGUGGUCUGUGCUCUACUUCUUCAUGCUGCUGAUGCUGGGCAUUGGGAGCAUGCUGGGGAACACGGCCGCCAUCCUCACCCCUCUGACCGACAGCAAGGCCAUCUCCAGCUACCUGCCCAAGGAGGCCAUCUCAGGUCUGGUGUGCUUCAUCAACUGCGCCAUCGGCAUGGUGUUCACCACGGAGGCCGGCAACUACUGGUUCGACAUCUUCAACGACUAUGCGGCCACGCUGUCCCUGCUGCUCAUCGUCCUGGUGGAGACGGUCGCCGUGUGUUACCUGUAUGGGCUGAGGAGAUUUGAAAGCGACCUUCGGGCCAUGACUGGCCGCAAGCUCAACUGGUACUGGAAGGCCAUGUGGGCCGGCGUGAGCCCGCUGCUCAUCGUCAGCCUCUUUGUCUUCUACCUGAGCGACUACAUCAUGACCGGGACCCUGCGCUACCAAGCCUGGGACGCCUCCCAGGGCCAGCUUGUGACCAAGGAUUACCCGCCGUAUGCACUGGCCAUCAUCGGGCUACUCGUGGCUUCUUCCACCAUGUGCAUCCCUCUGGUGGCCCUGGGGACUUUCAUCACACGUCGCCUCAAACGGGGAGACACAGCCCCCGGGGCCUGACAGCCGGGCCUCCCAGAGACCCCGUCAGCUGCCAGGUCCAGGCGGAGCCGCCUCUGCUGCUGUCUGAGACAGUGACUCGGGAAGCCCUCAGCCCAUUGUCUUGCUGAGUCUAUAAAGGAUUAGGAGGGUGUGAAGGGAGCUGAGUCCCUCAAGAGGAACCCCGACCCUGCUCGCCAAGCCAUCUCUCUCCUUCCCCCUCCCCUUGGGGUCACACCCAGAUGCCCUCCCCCCAACCAUCACCAAAGAGGCAGGGUUCUCCAGGCAGUCUUAAGACAAUUGCUUGGCUCUAGGAAGGUCCUAGAACUAGGCCACACUAUGAGCUGAAAUGUGACUAUAAUUUUUAUGGAAUAAAAUGUGAGCAAUGUUUGUUUUCCUGUAGAGAUCUUGAACUAUACAGGGCAGUUGUAUUGUAAGGGCCUGAGAUGACAAAUCUGAAUGUCAUCAGUACACAAUUAGUUCUCUUAUUUUCAGCCACGUUGAAUAGGCAACCCCUGUGUUCUCCUUCACUAAGGGGACCAACUGGCCGUGAAGAAAGGAGGCCUUUGUUCGGGGCUCACCAAGGGGGUCACUUUUCCCUAAUCCGAGCUCCCUCACAGUGGGUCCAGGACUAGUCCUCUCUACAAAAAUUGCCCCAAUUUAAGGGGAGGGUAUAGCUCAGUGGUAGAGCGCAUGCUUAGCAAGCAUGCGGUCCUGGGUUCAAUCCCCAGUACCACCAUUAAACUAAAUAAGUAAAUAAAUAAACCAAAUACCCCCCCAACAAAAAGAAAAACAAACCAAAAAUUGCCCCAACUUACAGUUUGCAACCUCAAACCAACUUUGGAGGGGUGACAUGGGGCUUCGCUGCAGACAGCCCCUGCCCCGCUAUCUCAGUGGAUGGACCAGCUGUCAGAGCCUCCAGGAGGAUGGAUGUGAAGCCUUGUCCGCACAGACUGAAGCUUCUGUUUGGACAUGAUGGCCAGCUCUUUCUAGGAAAGACCAUCAAUACGACUUAAAGUCAAUUUUAAAUGAUCUGUGCGUAAGUUUUCUAGAAUGGAUGUAUCUCAAACAGAGCAUCUUGUCACUGAAGAUGCCAUAUUUACGAUACAGCAUCAUCCACCGUGGGAAGGUCACCUGUCUUGCCUUUUUUUUUUAACUGCAGUAAGUAGGUCAAGGUCAUCCCUGAAGUGCAAGGAACCCUUCCUGCUCCAACAUCUGUGCUUCUCUGAGACCAUGGACUUCGGGAAACUUUCUUUGGGUGGAUUUGUACAGACAUCUUUAAAGACGCUUAAACACUCACUUGGGACAUCAGCUGGAGAUGUCUUUUUUUUUUUUAACUUGUUUUUCAUGCUACUAAUGUCCCUAUAAGUAAAUCAGGCAUGAGAAAGGUCUUCUGCUGUCUUGAGCUGCCAUCUUAUCAAUACCUCCAGCUUCUCCAGAGGUCCAGGUAUAAUAAGGUCACGUGGCUUUAAAAUGCAUGCAGCAGUCAGACCUGGGUGUCUCAUCCGAGGGCUCUUUGGUGUCAGAAAACCUCAGUGAUCAAGGCUGGAACAAGAGUGAGCACACUCGAGGGCAGCCCUGCAGCCCUGAGUCUGUUCCUGAAUCCCUACAGGUCAGUCUCCAGCUCAGCCCUGGUCAUGGUCGCUGUCUUACAGUAGAGCCGCCCCUCCUGGGAUCAGUCAUCAGCAGGCUGUUUCCGCCCCGAGUGCCUGGUACCCUCAGGGACGUGGAGACAGCCUUGUUCUCGAACAUCACUUUGUUCACAGUAGCUGUACCUCAGUGCCCUCUACCUUGCCGCCCUUGGAACCACCUGGGAGCAUUUAAACUCCCAGUGACCAGUCCACGCCCUGGAACAGACAAAUCUGAGAACCAUGGCCCCAUUUAAAAAGGAAAUUGUGUUGUGCAUUCAGGCACAUUUACAUCAAAAAUGGCCUUUAAAAGUUGGAAAGUAUUUCUCAUUGUAUGGAAAAGUCACUUCUACAGUAUAAUUUUUGCUCACGAAAGUCAGAGAGAUGAAGUCUCAUUAUUAUAGAUGAUGUGUCCCAAGUGAAAAUGUCUCCAGUUUUGAUCUGGUUUUAUUCUGGCUCCUGAGACUUUAGUAAGAGCAGAACAUUUGGCAGUAAUCCUCCUGAACCACCAAGUCCCGUCUCAGAAACUCCCCAGUGACUGUUUUGUAGGGACCGCACAACAGCGGUCACCUGACGUCUGCGCACUCUCCUCUGAUAAGCUGGAGAGAAAAAGGCACAUUCGACCCCUGAGCCCUCAGCACUAACCACGGUAUUGUGGCCAGAUCACAGACUCCAGAAAGCUUUCUAUUUAUACUAAAAGCAUACCAACUCUUGACUUAGAAACUCUUGACUUGUCUAACAAAUCAUAUAGAGAAAUAUUUGGGUUUUUAGCAAUUGUCAUCAAUAAAACCCUAAACAAGUA